GAAAGGGUGGUGUUUUGAAACUCAGUAUUAUAUCCUGCGCAAUGGUGCUUUUUGAGGAGUUAAAAAAUGAAAUACCUUCAAGAAAAGCUCAAUUUUGCCGGGGAGAUGUUUACAUAGAUCGAUUUUAUGACAUAAAAGCUGCAGGUCCGGUUUCACACUGUGAUAAAUACACAAUGAAACACUGCUUACAACAUCUUAAAGGGAGAGCAACGCCAGAAUUAACCAAAAGAAUAGACAGAUGGACGAAUCCCGGUGUAGAGGAGCGUAGAUUAUUUCAUGCUCUUGUGAAUGAUCCUGAAAUGGAAACAGCUAAACUCAUGAAGCAUGGAGUGGUGAGCAAAGACAGAACACAAAUCAAAGAUGUUAUAAGACCACCUGAACCCACUGUAUUAGGCGAGAUGUUAACAAAAGUUCGCGAAGAAAUAUACGAAUCAGUAAAGAAACGACCACUUGGCCAAACACCAGCCCCGAACUUACCAUCACAUAUUGAUAAAUAUAAAACAACAUUUGGCAUUAAAUAUGAUGCAGGUGAAAGAAUCGGUGAUUUGGUGAAUCCACCAAGGAAACGUGUUGAUAUAAUCAAUGAAGAGUUGGACAAUCGUGAACAUUAUCUUAUAUCACAUAAACAUUUAUUACCUGGUGAACAAGCGCACAGAAGAUAUGAAAACUUUGAUGAGAAUCAAGUAUUCGGUAUACAUACCUACUGUGAUCCACGUGGAAUACAUGUACGUCGUGCUAUGAAUUGGAUAACAAAUGAAACAAAUAAGAUACAUACACCGAUAAUGAAUCAAAUACAAUUUGAUUUUAAAGAAAAAUACGAUCAUGUUCUAGGCAAAGUGAGAGAUCCAAUUAGAGAUACAAUGAAUGUACCAGAUGAUCAUACAUUUGGCAUACAGUACAAAGAUCAUAAUCUUACAGCUGGACAAUUACUACACGGUCUACUACCAAGAAAGAUAGCUGGACUUCCCGUUGAAGAGGAUACGUCUGAGAAAACAGAUGACAGCAAUACGAAAAAGUGUAUAUAUUCUGGUGAAAGAUUUAAGUGCAUGCUACCAGUUAUUCAUCAUGCUUUAAGAAAUGAACGUUAUUGGCAUGGACCAGAAAUUACUGCUGUUCUAUGUCAGCUGGCUAAUAAGUCUAAUCUUAUUCCAAUGAUUGAUGCCAGACGUAUAUACAAUCAUUUUCAAGUACCACUGGAUGAAGAAUUAACUGAACAACUAUUCGACUUAGUCACUGUACCUGCACCAACAGAAAUGAUGAAUGAAGUCAAAGAAAGGCUGAAAAAGGACAAAGAGAACGGUGUGAAUACUGAAAAGAAUUAUCACACUGAGAAUGAUAUGAUCAGUUGGGCUGUUGAUUGGAGAAAAUUAGGUGAAUUAUUAGAUUGUAAACGUUUAAACGAUUGGAGUGAUGGAAAGUCUAGACAGGAAUGUGGUUGUGCAUAUACGGAGAGUGUUAAGCCUGAGGCAAAUGAAGAUAUUGAAGCAGUACGUCGUCGACUUCGUCGUGCUAUUCAAGCGAAUGUGCACAAUUGGACAACAUCGAGUUCAACAUACGGUGGUAAUCAAUAUGGAUUAAUAAAUACAGAUAAUUGGGCAACAUUAGGUGGAAAAUAUUUUCAAUCUGAUAAGCCAGUUCCAAAGGUCCGUAAAAGUGCAGAUCUUACAAAUUAUUGUGAUGAAGCUGGUGUUGGAUCGUUGAUUAGCCCUAGUGUAUUUACCGAGUAUGGAUUGUCUAGUCGAGAUUUAUUAAUGUUACGUAAUAAAGAAGAGAUAAUGAAUCUAUUCAGUAGAGCUAAUCUCUGCUCAUUAUUCGAUGCUCCAUUGAGUUUUGAUAAAGUCUGGGAAAUGGCAGUUACCCUGGACAAAGAGCUGUUGGGUAGUAAAGCAUCUCCAUCAACUGCUGGAGAUCAUCAAGUCACUCUGCAAUCAUUUAAAGAUGCACUAUACACACUGCGUAAAAAAGUGAUACAAGAGAAGGUGGAUCGUGAAUAUGCACAAAAAUGUUGUUGA